GUCUUUCUUCUCUUUACCACCAGACUGUCCACCCUUUUCUCCACUAGUUUCCUUUCAGCCCAUUGCUCCAUUUCACUCUGUCCUCAUUCAACUGAAACCUCAUUUAGCAGAACCCAGCACUAUCUCUUUUUGUUUACCCUGCUUGUUAAUAUUUUAACUAGUUUUUGCUCUAUGGCCAUAGCAUCGGCCACGUUCCGAGGGAACGUUCUCUUUUUCUACUAUUCAGACGCCUCUAACUUGUUUGGCAAUAUUAAUGCGAUUAUUAUCCCAACCCGCACAAUACGUCGGCCUAAUGACAGUGAUGGCUCCACGUGGGGCAGCGGUAGUGGGAUCAAUGGAAAUAGUACCGAGAUGGAGGAACCAACGUACAAAUUCACCCCUCAAAGUAUUCAUGGGGCCAAUAUUGGCACCAGCUUGACCAGUUACUUCCCAGAUGGAGGAGAAGGAGGAGAAAGCAGUGGUGACAAAGGCAGUGCAGGACGUGUGAAUCUGGUUUCGGUAGCGACUAGGGUUCCAUUUGGGUAUCGAUAUGAUCUUUUAAUGGCUAUCAGUCCCCCUUCUCCUCAGUCUUCUGGAUCAGCUCCUUCAAUACCCAUGUUGCUCCGCUUAUUACCCAUAAUGCCUAACAAAGGUAGCGGUCAAUUUGGUAUCGAAUGGAUGUAUGAACGAUUAAAUUUUGACCGGACUCCAGAACUACUCCCCAGUGGCGUUUCGAGGUAUGCGAUCAGUUCAGGGAUAGCCAUGGCAGAUGGCAGCCACUCACAAGAAAGCGAAGGAUCUGCAAUAUAUCAACUGUACACAGAAGUGGAUGAUGUGGCAACCGCAAAAAGCAGUCGAUAUCGACUAAAGAAAAUUGAUGUCGCAUCUUUGGAUCAAUCUAACGGACAACCCACAAAGAACAUACUUUGGGAGGAGACCCUCGACACCUUGGAUAACACGGUCAACCCACGCUUGCUGCGGUUUAAGACUGGAUCCGAUAAUGUCGCAUUCUAUUAUGAUGGUGUUGUCAUAGGCCAGUGCCGGAGUCCAAACACAGGAACGUGCCUUGCAUUUUUUAAUAAAGAGAGCGUCGCAACGGUUUCAACAACAACGCCUUUUGAAUCCACAGCUUGCAUAGCAGCAGAUAAUGGUAUUAUCGUCAUGGUCACACCCCUUUCAACAUACACCUAUUCAUUUCCAACGACCAAUGCCGUCACUGGCUCUUCUGGAUCCUGGAAUAAUCGUUACACCAACGGCACCAAACCCGAUGCGAUCAAUAGCCCGAUACUCACAUGUGUUGCCAAGGACUACAUGUUUUUUUCUAUCCAAAAAUCGGAAGAUAGUAAGGAUCCAAUCAUCAGUACCUUGGACUUCAGCUUCUCAUCAUCAUGGACGUGGCAAAGGGCCAGUUUAGAAAGGUCGUCUUUUGCUGAGGGUGAAAACCCACGGGGUCAACUUGCGCCAGGGGUCUUGGCGGCAAUCGUGAUUGCUGCUGUGGCCGCAUUGACGGGCAUAGCUAUCCUCUGGAUGCGACGAACAAAGUCCACGUCCAGAUUAAGGAAUAAGUUAAGCGGCGGCGCAGCAGCAGCUAGAUCAUUGGUCUCGCCUCCAACCUUGACUACUGUGGACUCCCACAGACAUAUGCCUGGGGGUGGUUCUACGAUAUCUCCAAGAUCACUAUCGACAUUACGUCCUGCCUCUGCUGCUUCGGGAGAAGGGAUCUUUAUCCCUAUGCAGACCAUGAAUAAUGGUGGUAUCUUAGGACAGCAGCAAUCGACGUCUCACACCAACUCUUGGUCUAACUAUCCUUCUUCAUCUUCCUCAUCAACAACUGGAGCAGCAGCAGCAGGGGCGUACAAUCAAAGGUCAUCGUUUCCUACUACCGCAUCUGGAGUGCCAAUAACAGCAAGCAUGCCUUGCCAGGUCGUUACCAUGCCGUCAACACAGUCAUCUUUCAUUGCGUCUUCGCUGGUUGCAGCACCCUAUCGGCCGUUCGUGAUUCCUUCUUCACCACUGCCGUGUGAGUCAGAGAUAUCCACUCCUUUGGUACAUGCCAAUAGAGUCAUCACCAACAACUCUGGGACUGAUACUGUCGCCGAGCCUGAUGCUAUCGGGAAUAAACAAGAGUAUGAUCAUAACAACCGCAACGUCUACCAAAAUGCUCCUUCCUCUUCCGCUUCUUCAUCACAAAGACCCAACCCACUCUAUGAGUCCGAUGCGGAAGAGAUAGUUCGAGCACAACGUAACACUCGCCAGAUGCAAGAGAUGCUCUCUCCAACCUUAGCGAAUGCGCAGCUGAUUCUACAACAGUCUCAACAACCACGUCAAGCGCAUGGACAAUAGCAGCAACGUCACCACCCUUAAUCGUAAUAAUAACGUUCAGUGGCGUUGAAACUUUUAAUUUCAUCAUCCGAAUCUCUGUAUAUACCCUCUGUCUUAUUAAGUUUCGACAAUUGUGCAUAAAACAAG